UAAACCUCAUCGAAGAAUAGCACGUCAGAAGCACAAAAAGGGAUAGCCAUACAUGCUUCCAAGAAACGCUCAGUGAGGGAUCUAGUUGGAUUUGGAGCCAUCAUGAGUGGAGUAACCCCUUAUAUCGGGAGCAAAAUCAGCCUAAUUUCGAAGGCCGAGAUUCGUUACGAAGGGAUUCUCUACACUAUUGACACUGAGAAUUCGACUGUCGCACUUGCAAAAGUUCAGUCUUUUGGCACUGAGGAUCGGCCCACUGAUAGGCCCAUCCCGCCCCCAGAUGAGAUCUUUGAGUACAUAAUCUUCAGAGGCAGUGACAUCAAGGACCUGACUGUGUGUGAGCCGCCAAAGCCAACAUGCUCUCUCCCUCAGGACCCUGCCAUCAUCCAGUUCUCCGUGUGCUCGGCCCCUCCACCUGCUCCUGCUGCCACUUCAGCUCCAUUCCAGUCGGUGGGCUCCAACGGCCUGUUCAACCGAGCUCCCGUGCCCCUGUACAGCCAGUGCAACACCAGCCCCCUGGUGUCCCUGCAGUUUGACACCGUUGGUGUCGGUAAGAGCCACAGCAGCACAAAGCCUGGAUAUGGAAGAUCAGUGCCGCCCUCCUCCUUUGGGAGCGACACAAGCUCCGCUGCAACCCAGUCCCAGAGCAGUGCUAUUGGCGCUGCUCUCCCCACUGAUUCACACUCUCUGGGUACCGCUACUGUCCUUGUAUCAAAAGGCCGCACCAGCCCCUCCCUGGACCCCCUGAGGAAGAGCCCCACAGUAGAGCAGGCAGCCCUGUCGGCCCCCUACGCUCCGACUCCCAGCUUGGGCCGUAGGAGUCCCGCUCCCGGCCGCACGACCCCCUCGGCUCCAGCCGCCGGCCAUGCCCAUCAGCAGCACCGUCACCAGGGUGAGACCGUCAGCGGGGCCCGCAGUAACCAGGCCUGGGGUGCGCCCUGCAACGCGCCCAUUUCUCACCAACGCCAUACCACUGCAGGGCUUUCGAAUUCUUUCUUUAGCCCCGUAGUUGGGGGCCCCCCACCUCAGAGGCGUGGGGGUGGACUACGCGGCAGGAGCCGCUUCAACGUGCACCUAGACGGACCCAUGAAGUUUGAGAAGGACUUCGACUUUGAGAGUGCCAACGCCCAGUUCAGCAAGGAAGAAAUUGACAGGGAGUUCCAGAGCAAGCUCAAACUAAAAGAUGAGACGGAGAAGGCCGCAGUGAACGGGGAGGAUAAGGGCAACUCCAGUGUGGAGACUCAGAACAGCAAGGGCAACGCUGAUGAAGAAGGGCUGGAGGCACUAACACUUAAAGUUUAUUACGACAAGUCCAAGUCUUUCUUCGACAACGUCUCCUGUGAUUACAGCAGGAAAGCUGCAGAAAAAUCUGGAGGAAGCUCUGGUUUCCCACUGCAGCGGAGGCAGACCUGGGCCGAGGAGAGGCGUAUCAACUCGGAGACUUUCGGCAUGCCCCUGCACGGGGGUCAGGCCCGUGGGGGAUACCGCGGGCGUGGCGGUAUGGGCGGGGGCAGGGGUCGCUCCGCCAGCAGAGGGUCCUUCGGUCCCCCUCACGGCGGCCACAGCUACAGGGGAGGGUACAAUCGAACAAGCCAGAGAGGACGGGAGUUUUCAGAGAACUUUGAGUACAGGGAUAACCGUGGCUGCAUAGUACACCUGGAGGACAGAUCCAGAGGGGCAACGCCUCAUCUUUAGAAAUAGUUUGUUUAUACUUUUGACUAAAAGAAUGAAGAUUGUAUAUUUGUCAACAUCACUGGGGUAGACUGCUUGAAUGCCACUUCUUUUCCAUAUCUUUUAAUUAUGGAAAUUAUGCAAUCCAUCUAUCUUCAAAACAAUUUCCAGGCUGCUAAAUUGUAUGUACAAAUAUUUCUGAGGGAUGUCCUUGAGCAAUGAGGUUUUUUCCUUCUUCUUGUAACAGGUAUUUGAUUAUAUUCUGUUAGGUGUAGAGGGCCGUAUGACUGAGGAUCGCUGACAUAGCUUCAUUUUUGGGGGGUAACCUGUAAUGUAACAAAAUAGCCAGUGGGGUCUGUCACAGUUUUCUGUGUAUUUUUCAACCACACAAACUGUACCUAUACCUAGUCCGCUCGCUAUCCAUCUAUCCCACAUCUCCAAGCUAUACAUGUUCUCCAAAUGGCAGUGUUUGAUUUUAGCUAGAUAUCAACUUUUUGUAAAGGAUAUUCUGUUUUAUUUACUUCCAGCUCUUCACUAGUGAUGGUGCUAGAUGUACUUGGCUAUACUCUUCUGGUUUGGUGAUAUAGUUUAACUCUGGGUGCAUAACUAGGUAUAGGGAAAGAUGGAUCAUAGGUCAGGACUUAAUUUUCUUUUUUAAUUUUCUGUAGAUUGCCCUGUACUCGAGGCUACUGGUUUUGUGUGACUAGAGUUGUACAAUGCUGCUGUUUGCUACGGUUAUAUCUCUAGCGUAAUCUAUGUAAACUGCUACAAGAGCUCGCUAAAGCAGGCCAUCUAAGUAUGCUUCUUCCUGACAAUUGGGCCACAUUUCGGGUUCCUAACAUUUCUAGGGAGUUUUCCAAAUUGUUAUUCCCUUUUACCUCUCUUACUCAGUCAGUUGGUUAAAACCUCAUCCUGAACUCCACAUCCUCGUUCCUCUCAAAGAAACCGGAAUGCCAGAAAAAAUUUGAGCCACCAACAGUACUUGAGAUGUCUGACGGAGAGAAACAAUACCCUGACUAAACUCUUGAUUCGAUGCCACUGACUCGGUCCCAUGGCACUGCAUGGUGGUUGAUGGCUUGCUAAAGCUACACAAGUGAUGUCAGCCUAAUUGCUCAGUUAAAAAUUGGGUAAAAUAUUUGAUGAAUUGUAGAGCCCUUUGCUUUUAGCUUAGUAGGUAUUAGUUACAUAGCAAUGUUGAAGCUAAUGAUUUGCAGGGUUUGAAAGAUCAGGCACAAAUUGGGUGAAGGUUGGUUGAUAGGAAGUAAUUACCUUUGACUGAAUGUUGUCUGAUGCUGUCUUGACCCGGCAUGAUUUAAAUAAGUACGUAAAUAGAGAAAAUACUAGCUAGAUUUGGGAUUUUAUAUCUUGCAGGAAACGUACACACAGUUGCACUUUUUACUAUUGAAUUUGUUUUAUAUAAUAUUCUGUUCAUUUGUGUGAGUCCUGAGAUUGUAUUCCAGUUCUGCUAACUGCGGAUGGCUGAGUCCCAAAUGGUAGCCUAUUCCCUAUAUAGUGCACUACUUGGCUCUGGUCAAAAGUAGUUCACUUUACAGGGAAUAGGGUGCUUUUUGGGAUGAUACCAAUGAUGUUAUGGUACCAAUGAUGUUAUGGUACCUGACCCCCCCCCCCCCAUGUGAACAGGUCUUAAAAAGUACACGUUCAGUAUCUCGUUUGAUUCCUUGAAUAUCGUUCUUUAAUGUAUAUUUUAUGGAUGUAUGCAUAAGGAUUUGGCACCAGAAAAAUCCCCAAAUGCUGUUUAAAGAUGAAGGGAUGACCGUGCAAAGCUAGCCUGGUUAAACCUAAUAGGUUAGUCUGGUUUAACUGGGCUGGUGCAAAGCUACCUUUUUUCUUUUUUUUAGUGUCCUCAGGAAGUUAAGAUGAAUUGUUCUUGUGCCUUAAUGCCAGUGAAUACUACAUUUAAACUAAUAAUGGAGUGAAUAAAUAGUUAAAGUAAAUAAAGUUUACUAAAAUUGGAAAUUAUUAUAAGAACUUGUGCCCAUUUUGGUGUAUUCUGAAGCUCUUUUGCACAGUGCUGUUUGAUGAACUAGGUUUUUGCUUGAUAAUGUACUAAAUUUGUUCAGAAGUGUGGAUAUGUCUACAUCGGUACAUUUAAUUGAGUGAAGGGAGUUGACGCCAAGUUCCAACGUCUUGUUAAUUCCCAUUGCAGGAUCGUUAUUCUCUUGAUGCACUGUAGUGGAAAGUGUGUUGGAUUCUGCCCCCAUGAAGGUUUUGAAAGCUUUAAGUAAUUUUAAAAUGAGACCAAACAUCUACAUGCAUCCCAUAAUAAAGACUGUUUUAGUCCUGCAUAUAAUUGUCUUUUCUCUUCCUAUUAUUUUGACAAUGUUACAUUUGUCCUGCAUGUCACCUAUUAUAAUUUGUUCAGAUAUACUCUGCCAAAAAACUAAUUUGGCACCUUUUUUCAAAAAGUUGCAUACAGAAAGAAUAUUGAUUGUCAAAAGAAAGUGUUAAAUGGGGCUGGAUUAGAUGGGGGAUGCUCAAAUGUCUUAGGCUGUGUUUUACACAGGCAGCCCAAAUCUGAUAAUGUUCACUAAUUGGUCUUUUGAAUUGGCUGCCUGUAUAAACGCAGCCUUAAAAGCUAAGAUGAAGGGUGGUACAGUAGAAUGUGUGGUGGGAUGGGGUGAACCUAAACUGUAUUGCCUUGAUUCCUCACUUCUUCUUGUCUUCUCAAAACACAUUGGAGCAGAAGAUCAGAGGGGAGGAACCUCUGGUCUUCUGCGCCAAUGUGUUUUGAGAAGACAAGAGGAAGUGAGGAAUCAAGGCAAUAGAGUUUAGGUUCACCCAUAGGAUCAAGUGCCUAGUUCAAAGGGAUGUCCUGUAUCUCCAUUUCUCAUUGUUGCACAGAAGCCUGCAUGAGGGUCUGGCUCAAGCCACUAAAUCAUGACACAACAAGGAUACAAUGCAAUAACUUACUAAAAUGUCUGUGCAUCAAAUGUAAUUUAUAUACAAACUUAAAGGUUGUUUAUUUGGGUACAUUUUUUCUAACAGUUUUGUCUCAACCCAGCAUGACGUCCUCUUCUGUGGGCCUCAGUGGACUGGGGUUUUUAUUCAAAGCAUACAAUAAAAGUUUUCAUAUCUG